UAAAAUGCGAGCGCGAACACGAAUACUUUUCUUUUGAAAAUGUUCUUACCGGAAGUCACACGUUCACCGUUGCUACCUAAAGUCUUCACGGAACCAAAUGCUAAAAUUAUUCAUUGUUUAGUAUUAAUAUAUGUUACUUUUGAGAGAUCUGAUGUAUUUUUCGAUUAAGAGAGCGAAAACUGUUCUACAUGAAAAAGAUUUGGCUGAAAAAUUAUGAAAUACGUGCUAGGAUUUGAUCUAAAGUUGCUUUCGGUGUUAUGAAGAUUGUUGUUGACCGGACGAAAGACGUUCUAAGAUGCCUUCAUUUGGGUUUCUGGAUAAAUUGGAACAAUUUUUUCAGACUGGAAAGUUUGGAGAAAAUUCAUCUAAAAGUUUAAAAAAGGGAAUCAAAGCUGCCUGCAAACGAUUCAUCUACAAAGAUGGCCUUUUGAUGCGACCUUAUCGAGGCCGUCUCCUUCGUGUCGUCAGAAGUGAAAAAGAGAUUCGGGAGAUUCUGACACGUUACCAUGACGACAACAACCAUGCGGGCCGAGAACGGGUAGUGAGAGAAAUUAUGCUGAUGUACUACUGGGUUGGAGUGACGGAGACUGUGAAGAACUGGGUCAAAGCUUGCCCGGUUUGUCACAGCCGCCCUCCACCUCCUCCUUUCCAACCAGCUGUUCUGUUCUGCCUGGUUUAUGGCUGCGAUGCCUCCAGCUACGCUUUCCCUGAGCUCUCCUUUCACAGGUUUCCUAAGGUUGAGGAGCAGCGCAAGAAGUGGCUGCAGGUGGCUCAAAGGGACGAAGCCUCGCUACGCACCAACUCCUACAUCUGCUCCAGACACUUUGAAAUGUCCUGCUUUACACUCACUGAGGAGGGUCAGCUGGUGCUGUCUCCGGAUGCUGCCCCAACCUUAUUGCCUGUAACAGCCCAUGGAAAUGAGGUGUCUGUGGAGUCAGGUGAAAAUUUCAGGUAUUCCAACAUAUGGAAAGAUGAACUCAAAGGAGCUGCUGCUGCUGCUUCAGUCAUCGACCACAGCUCUCAUCCUGUCAGUCUGUCUGAAGCAGCUCUGCAGCUUCAGGAACAUCAGUACUGCCUGCCAGGCCCAGCACCAGACUGCAGGGCUGCCAGAAUAAUGAAUGAACACCGGAGGAGGACAGCUGUUGAGCCAGGCUUCAUUACUUACAACCAUAUUGCCAGGUACUUAAGUACCAGGGUACUACCUAUGCAGGGCAAAAGAAGCAGGUCAGCUUUAAAAAGAAUGGCCAAGCGUUUUAGUCUGAUAGAUGGGCUGUUGAUGUACACCAGAGUCUCUCCGCCCCUCAGAGUACCACGCAGCAGAGAAGAGGUCAAUUCCAUCCUUCAGCAAUUCCAUGACAACCAGGGCCACUAUGGGCAGGGAAUCUGCCAGAGACAGAUCUCUAAGCACUACUACUGGGGGAGCCUGAGUCGAGACCUGGCCAGCUGGAUCUCCAGCUGCCAGACGUGUGUCAACAGAUCUAAAAGGAAGAUGAUUCGCUGCAGUGUCUCCAAGUGCACCAACCGCUGUGGCCCAGUGGAGAGAAAACUCGGACUUAUUUUCCACAGGUUUCCUCUCCAUAAUCUGCCACUGCUGUCUCAGUGGCUGAAGGCUUGUGGCCGGGGGAACUGGCAUCCUCGGCUCUGGUCCUCCAUUUGUUCAGCCCAUUUCACAGAGGAGUGCUAUGACAGUAGUGGGGGAAAAAACACCCUCCUUCCAGAUGCCGUGCCCACGCUAAACAUCCACAACGACUCAAAGACAGAUGGUUUGACCUCAACACCAGUAGGAGAGGAGGCAUUUUUUGCAAAAUAUAAUGCAGUGGAGCUCUACAUCAGCAGACGCAUUUACCCUCCUGGACUAACCUAUGUAGAGAAGAACACCUUCAGGAGAUUCUGCAAAAGAUACACUAUCAUAGGUUAGUCAAGUUCUGGGAUCCAUUUUGUUUGACAGC